AAGGACACGAGAGAGGAAGAAGAAGAAGAAAAACCAGAACAUCAUCAUCCAGAAGACAGGCGAGGUGGCGCUGGAGGAACCAGUGAUGUCUCUCUGGCCAUGCCGCAUCCCGCCGCCUACCUGCUGCUGCUGCUGCUGCCGCCGCUGCUCUCCAUCGCGCGCACCGAGGCCGCGGAGCUGAGCGCGCUACAGCACAAUGCGGACACGCCUGCGCGCAAAGCACGUCGGGAGGAGACGGGGACCGCGCCUGCGGAGGUGUUUUCGUCUCUGACGCUGAAGGUGUGGGUGAAGGACGCGUCCAGUCAGCGGUACCUGAGUGGUGCCGCGGUCCGGGUGUUUGUCAACGGUUCUCUGCUACAGUCUAGCCAAACCGAGGGGAAUGGAGAAGUGCUUCUGACCGUACCGUACCAGCUGGGCGUGACCCUCACUCUGGUGGCCAGCAUGGAGGCCUACGUGCCCACUCAGCUGCCCUGGAAGACCAGCAAGAUGCCCAUAUUUUCUGCCGUUACAAUGUCUCUGGUCCCACAAACCCAAGGCAACAUCUGGCUCUUCGAAGACACAGUGUUGAUAACUCGAAAAACAUCUGACGUGUCAUCACAACCCAUCGUCCAGUUCCCCAAGAGCCUGCUGUCGCUUCCGGAGAACACCACCAUCUCCACGGUGACCGCUUAUCUGACAGUCCCAGCGCCGCCUCCAGAGAAAGAGGGACAUUUCUGUACCAUGGGGGUCUUUAACAGCAAAGGAGAAUACAUGAGCGUGAAAUUGAGCCCCGUGGCAGUGCUGAGUACCCAGCUGCUUUCUGAGGGGAAAGAGAUUGACGUCAGAGGUCCGAUUCAUCUCACCGUACCUCUACCGUACCACACCCACCUCCGAGCCGCUGACUCCCUGCCGGCCUGGGCCUUUGACACGACCACAGGUACGUGGGUGAACAAGGGUAUCGGCUCGGUCAGGAUGGAGAGAAGCGGUCUGGUCUGGACCUACGUGGCUCCUCACCUCGGCAACUGGAUCGCAGCACCAUCUCCAAUUUCUAACGGUUACACGGGACAUCCAGCUUCGAUGGAUUUCUUCUCAAACCAUACAUACCUUCUUGUGGGCAUCUUGGGCGGGACUCUUGUCAUCAUCAUUGGAUUGUUAUCUGUGAUUUUAUGUCACUGCAGAGAGUUGAGCCAUGAGACUGAAAGAAAAAGAUGGAACUCCACUAGACUGUCCAUCCUCAAGAAAGACCAGACCACAUCUACCAGCUCUGAUGAAGUCCACGAGCCCCUGUACAGUAAUGGAGACCAUAACGGAGACAGGUCUUACUUUGUGGCUGCAAGAGGUGCAGGUGUAUCAGCGUCGCCCCGACAUCAAGCCAGCUAUAACAUCUACGUCGAUAAUGUCUGCCGACCAGCAGGGAACCUGUAUGAGAACAUCAGACCUACGGUACCAAACUUGUACGUGAACAGCGAUGAAGUAGCGAAGCUUAGAGAGAUGUCUGAAAAUGGCGCCUCACGGCUAGGUUCCGGAGAUAAUUCGGCAUAUCGGGACAAGCUGUUCCAUAUCUACAACCAGCCUAUGGCCAUCGUCCAAGCACCAGAGCAUUUCUCUUCCCAUGGACAGGCUGAGGGCGCCGCAACCCGAUGCGCCACCUUUCCCCGGAAUGGCACGGAGCACGGAGCACAGGCUGAACGAAACCUAAAGGACAGUUUUACCCAGACGCUGCCAAAAGUCCAACAAGACAACAACGUGCAGCCCGUGCUAGAAGGGCCACAGAACUCCACUGCCAACCCAGGAAUCUGGGGCCGCUAUAGCCACCUGCUCGAGUCCGUCUCUGUCCCGGGCACCCUGAACGAGGCAGCUGGCAUGGGUCCUUUCCACGGUGAGCUACAGGGAAUCUCUGAGCAAACCCUGCUGGAGCUUUCCAAGGUCAAGCCUUCUCCCCUGCCUCCUCGGGCGUGGUUUGUGUCUUUGGACGGUAAACCAGCGGCUCAGGUACGCCACUCUGUAAUCGAACUCCAAGGAAGGCACCGGCCAGGCAGCAGUAACGACACCAGUCUAGACUCUGGGGUGGACAUGAACGAGCUCCAGCAGUUGGUACGGAAGAGCGAUCAGGAAGGACCCUCGAUCGCCAGUUUGCCCAAAGUAGCUAGGAGGCGUGGCCACGAGGAACCGGACUUGAGCAGUAGCGAAAUUGGGAGUCCCGAAGAUACGUCUCUGAGGAACGCACUGGAGAGCAGCAGUGCAGCUAUUCCGAACAUCCCGGAAGAUCAAGAUGCUGGUGACACGUCCAGCGAGUCCAGAUCCACCCCGCCACCCAGGAGACUACGCAAGGUGCACGACAAGAGGCCCGAUAAGAAAACGGCUCGGCAUGUGAGGGAGGAAAGAGCGCAAACGAAACGUUAGAUGUAUCUGCUCUGUGUGCUGUGAUCUGGUGUCUGCCAGAUGUUACUGGUUUGCGUCAACCUGCCUUAUCUGACUGUUACCGGGAGUGACGCCUCGCUAGGAUGACACGUUGGGGUGUAUCUUUCUUAAAAGUCGAUUUCUGUGGUGUUUGAAAGUUUUCCGCAUCCAGCUACUGCCCAUCUGUGACACCAGUCCACUGCUCCAAAACACAACAGCUUCACAUCUCACGCCUGUACAAGUCAGUGUCGUGUUUGUACAAGGUCUAACGUUCAUACAUGUAUAUAAUAUACAGUCCCUUUUUCUCCCCCGUCCCCCCCACUGUGAGCACAACGCUUGUACCUGCGAAGCUAUUUUUUAAAACCGAUAACGAGUCUGACUUCUUAAUGGGGUGUUUGGAGCAGGAUGAUCACUUGCUUGAGGUCACAGACCUUCUUAUUGUAAAUUCAGGUGUAGAUAUGUGAAGUAAGCAAGAACUGCCACCAGAGUGCCAAUAGUAGUGAUAAAAAUAAAAAACUUUUUUAGAAGUCAUCUGGAAUUCAAAGAUAUGAGAAAUGUUGUGAAACAACACGGAAUGUCAAGUAUAUAACCUUUAUGUAUAUAAACAAAAAACAACCUUUUGUUCUUUAUUCUGGCAACUACUCUGAUUAAAAAAGCCUUUAAUGACAUUCACUUGUCUUGCACUUAAUAAGUCCUCAUGUUUGCAUGCAUGUUUUUUUUUCUAAUUUAAUAUUUUAUUAUCAUUUGUAAAGAUUUCACGUUAGAAAAUGUAGCAACAAACAAACAUCAGGAUUUUGGCCUCAGGUCUUGUUCUACCAAGGCUUUCACCCUGUCUGUAUGAUUUCACAGCCACAGAUCCAGAUGUUUUGUGCAUAAAUCCUUUGAUGGACAAUGUCACUGUAUGAACUUUGUGACUGUAUGACUGACUGACAGGAUCAAUAAGCUUUUUUUAAAAGACCUUUUUUUUUUGACCAAACGUUUCAGAGGCAAGUAGCAGCGUCGUAUGAAUGGACAUUAUGCUGAUAUAAAUAGUGGUGCAUGACUGGAGUGAUUUUCUUCUUUUUCUUUGUAGAUAGUGUCAAGUCAACGUUCAUAUUGUACUGUGUAUUAUUUAUGUUAGUUACUGACUGUACCACUUCCUCUCAUUUCUUGAAUGCUUUGCUGACCGGUUUGUGAUUUGCAGUUUUUGUGCACAUCAAUAAAGGAACUAGCCAGUG